CAACAUCAUCUCUGUCCACUGGUUACGACUGACAACUGACAACCUGCGACCAAUCCACCAUUUCCCGCCAAUUGUGCCCUUGUUCUGCUUGUCCUCAGACGACUUCUGUCUGCCUGGUCUGCCUGGUCAGCCUGGAUUCACCACCAUUCAUCUUUCUCGACCUGCCGCUACUGCGACCGUAGAUACCUCUCUGUUGGUGCAACUUCUGCCUGACCCUUCCCUCACUUCUGCAACUCUGCUUCCUUGUUGAGAUCCGCUAGUCCACACUUGCCUCGAUCUCUCACUUUUCUUUUACUGCUCGCACUGCCUUCACUGACCGACUCGACUGACCAUAAUCACGGCCAAUAUUUUGCUCGUUGCUGCCUUUCUUCCUCUACUACAUCUUUUCAACUUCGUGCCCUACCAUUCCCAUCCUCCCACCCCCCCCCUUCCAGACUGCCUCCUACCCCCUCCAGCCGCCACCAUGGACCAAACUCCAGGUGCCACGGAUGCCAAAAAACAAGAAAGAGUUGAUACUACUGCUGAACGCCCCCUCGUUGCCAAAUCCGCUGCCAUCGAAACCAAUAAGGAUUCACCCACCUGUAAGAAACACCCAAUCGCCUCAUCAAGACAAAAGCUGCAAAAGUCGACCUCUGGAAAGCACUCUCGACGAAGCGAGACUGACUCGGAUUCUUCUUCCGGUUCUUCGUCAUCAUCUUCCCCUAGUUCCUCGUCCUCGUCUUCAUCCGACAGUGAUUCCUCCAUUGACCCAGCGGCCCUCAAGAAGAAACUCAAGGCCGCCAAGAAAUCAAAGGCCGAACUAAAGGCAAAGACUAAGCAGCUCAAGAAGGAGAGUAAGAUUAGAAAGAAAAAGAUUGCUGCCCUCGAAAACGAGGCAUCUGACGACAGCACUGAUGAUUCGGAUGACCGCGUUCGAGCCAAAGUGAAGGCCGUAAAGGCCAGGGCCAAGAAGAAGGCUCUACGGAGGGCCCAGCUUGACAACAACGACGACUCCUCUUCUUCGAUCGAGUACGAAGAAGAUCCAAAUUCGGUCAGACUGCGCAACAUGAAGAACCAACUUCAUGAUCUCAAUUUUGCUUCUGGGUUCAGACAGCCAGGUUAUGCCGCAUCUAGAGGUAUCAUUCCUCCUCCCAUCAACAUCGACCAUAUCCACCCCCCUGGCCGUCGACGCAUCGACCAGGUCGAACGCCCGUUACUCUCUGACGUCAAGCCACCCAAAGUCAAGCCCGGAAAGCGAGCAUCCAAGGUCGCGUACAAGCGUGUCGAUCAACUCUGGGACCAGUCCAUCCAUAACUUCAAACUGACCGAAACCGUAAAGAGCCAAGACGAGGCCGUCUGGGACCAGUACAUCUUCACAGUUCGGCGAAGGUUUGACUGGGAGCAAAAAUACCAAUGCACUAUCGUGGAUAUCAAGUCUGCUCCCUUGAAAGAAUCCUUGCGCCAUAUCAUGGCUGGCGUCAAAGGGGUCAGCCUGGUCGGCGAGACCGUUCACAUGGACCCCAACAUGCUCUUUCUCUACCUCGAGGAAAUGAGAACCUAUGUCGACUCUCUCAACAACGACUCAAUCGGCAGGAAACGCAAAGAGAGAAAAGAAAUGAUAACAAAGGCCAAGCACCUGAAGGUCAUGGUCAGAUGGCUCGAUAAAGACUUUGCUGAAACCAAGAAAACUCUCUAUCCCAUGUUGGAAAAUAACCAGAUUACCUACGAUCUGUUGUGGGCCCUCUUCAAACCAAACGAGAUCGCCUACACUUCAACCUACGGUGACAACGAAGAAGGCCGUGCUUUCAGAAUGGACUUCUCCACCAAAGAAUCCAGUUUCAUGCGUGGCUCUUGGUACAAUAUCGAGGGCAAAUACCUCGAGUAUGACGGCAAAGUGUUUGGACUGGGAAUCAUCCAGGCCGAGGUAGCAUCUUUUCAAGGCGUUCGCAAGAUUUCCUCCUUGGAAUGUUAUCCUCUUCAAUACCACAAAAACCCUGACAAGCUGCGCGAAGAUCUCAUUGAGCGCGGGAAAAAGUUUGUGCAGCUCCAGGGCAUGAGCUACAAGUACCACAACGGCAUGGCAUACACCAAGCGCAAGAAACAGGUUCUGAAGAUCAACAUUGACGGCCGCAUCAUGGUUGAUCCUGCAAUCCACCGUCGGAUCAAUCCCAACUACUCGGUCAGUAACGUGAAGCCAAAAGACGGCGACCCUGGCGAAGAAGAAGCGGAAGAGGACUGUGGAUGUGGCAAUGAUAGCAGCUCUGAUAAUGGCGGUCAUGCCCAGAAUACUCCCUCGGAGGACACCGUCCAGGAAAAGAAACGGUAUAGGGCUGUCAAGCUGCCCAACGGCCAGACCGCCAUCAUCUUGGUCAACUCAAAAGACGACGUUGACCAGGAUGGGAACCCUCUGGCAGAUCAGCGACAAGGCAGCCACCAUUUCACCGAGGAAGAGCUGUUGAUCGCGAGUCCCGUCGUCCUCGGUUUUGCCUUUGGCGAGAAGCUCUGGCUCGAGUUCACCGUGUCAGGAAUCUCCGAUGUGGUCUUCAACGAUCAAGCAUUUGACAGCCUGGUCUUACCUGACAGUCAGAAAUCCAUUGUCAAGGCAUUGGUGUCCAGCCACACGUUCCAUGCACACCGCAAUAUUGACGACAUCAUCUCGGGCAAAGGCCGUGGCUUAGUCGCCGUCCUUCAUGGCCCACCCGGAACUGGCAAGACACUGACUGCCGAGGGUAUUGCUGACCUGUUGAGAUGCCCGUUGUACAUGGUUAGCGCCGGUGAUCUGGGCACCGAUCCUAGCAAGCUUGAGAAAGAGCUGCAGAACAUUCUGGACAUUGCCCAUAGCUGGGGAGCGAUCCUCCUUCUCGAUGAGGCAGAUGUCUUCCUCGAGCAACGAUCGAUUCACGACAUCCACCGCAACGCAUUGGUUAGUAUCUUCCUUCGACUGCUCGAGUACUUCCAGGGUAUUCUGUUCUUAACCACAAAUCGGGUGGAAACCUUUGACUCGGCCUUUGUCUCUCGAAUCCACCUUUCGCUUCGGUUCCAGAACUUGACCACCAAAGCCAAACGCACCGUGUGGAAGCUCUUUAUCGACCGUGUCAAAGAACAAGAAGGCGUCAAAGUAUCAACUAUCACCGAAACCGAUCUCAACGACUUAUCAAGGCGAGAGGUGAAUGGCAGACAGAUCAAGAAUCUAGUGCGGGCGGCCCAUGCAUUGGCGAUCCACGAGGACAAGUCAUUGAGCAUGGCACACAUUCGUCGUGUGAUUGACGUUGCCGAGAGCUUCGAGAUGGAUCUCAAAGGUGGCACUGGCUACAGCGACGCCAUGAGAAGCUACACAUGAUUUUCUUCGGCAGUAAGGUAGAGGGCUGUUUGGAUCCUGCCCAGGUGACGAGACUUUGAUAUGGGAGCGAUUCAAAAGACUACAGACACCAUUGACUUGCCGUUUUCCCCCAUACAUCGUCUCGCAAACUAAUUGCCACGCUGAGAUGAGAUUAAGGUCGUGUAACUUCCAGGCGUGGAGAUCAAGGUUGGGGUUUGGAUUGGGACGAAACUACUCAUGAGCAUGGGGUUCAACGACAUUGGACGCGUAGGAUGAAGGUGAUGACCAUGGUAGUUCACAUGAACCAGUAAUAACAGGAAUGACUACUGCAUGCCACUGCUGUUGCUCCCAGGGCUGGG